CGGAGUUGAUAUUUGCAUCAGCCUCAUUUUCAACGCCAUCUUGAAGACGAGGCAAGACUCGAUUUCGAGUGAUACUAUAUUAUGGCGGAAGAUGGACUGGUAUUGGUCACCAGUGAUACCAGUGACCAUGACCAUGUGUCCCAGAUUCCCACCCAAAGUGAGCCUGGGCUAGCAUCUGUCGAGAAUCUGGUCCUCCAUGAUGGGAAUGGUGACACCAUCACUGUACAAGCAGGAGGUGAUACUUCAGGAGUUACCCAGGCAGAUACCACUCUGCACAGCCUACUUACCACCAUGCCAGGGUCCAGAAUCAUAUCAACCAGUCACGGAGAAGCCAUACAGAUUGUGUCCCUGUCAGCAGGGUCAGACUUGGCAUCUAUCACGCAGGGUAUCGACUCAAAGGCUUGGCAGUUACAGGUGCUGCCACAUAUUGGCUCCGUGGCAGACCUCCAACAGGCUGUGAUAACGGUACCGGACCAGAGUCAUAUCAUACAUCAUGAUGUUUCAGAUCAUGACAUCUCUGUGCCUGACAGCUUGGAGGGGAUCGAGACAAGUCAGAGUGCAGCCCUGUUGAUGCCACCCCCACCUCCCCCACAGCAGCCCCUGCCUCCCGGAUGUCCGCAGUGGGCAUCUAGACUCAAUGAUUGUGAAUCCAUUGGUGAUUCCUACCGAGGAUGGGUUGAGAGCGAGGGCGAGCUUGAUUCUCUGCUCGGCUCCCAUAAACAACAAACACAGAGUUUCUGGGGUACCAGACAAAGUCCUUGUCCUGCAAAACCAUCCACAAGGCUAAUGUGGAAGUCACAAUAUGUGCCAUUUGAUGGUAUUCCGUUUGUUAAUUCAGGCAGUCGCGCUGUAGUAAUGGAAUGUCAGUACGGUCCAAGAAGAAAGGGUGCACAAAUCAAACGAUCGGGGGAUCCAGUUAUGAAAGCUGAAUUCAGACAGACCUGUCCUGCUAGAAUUUACAUUAAAAAGGUUAGGAAGUACCCAGAGUACCAAGUUCACGUGAAUCUAGAUAAGAAAGCCAUGAAGUCGGCUAUGGACAAAGCAUUCCAGGACAUUAAACAAGUCGGUUUGGAUAAUGUGGGAAUGGAAAGGUUUUACAUUCAACUGCCAACAGAAAAUGCCCAUGAAUUUCACAAUGAUAGUUUAUUGCCAGAGGAAUGUGAACCACCUCCAGCCAUACGGCUACACCCUAAAGUCGUCCAGAAAAUUCGAGACAUGGUCGCAGCCGGAGAAACACGAGUUUAUGCUAUCAGAAAACAGCUGAGGCGGUUUGUUGAGAAGGAGAUAUAUGACGGCCAAGACAGUGCCGCCGAAAAACACAAUCUGACCCUCUUUCCAACAGUUAAUGAUCUGCAGAAUCACGUCCAUCAAGCUUUAAAAGACAUUGAGGCAGGAAUUCUUCAAGUGACAGCUCCAACGGUCAAUGUUGAAGUGAUAACAAGUGAUAAUCAUGCCCCACUUAGCUUAGAAGACCUCCAACAUAUGGAUCAGUCAAGUUGGCAGACGGGCGCAACACCAGCUCCACAUGCUGAAACCGUCACGGUCACACUUACGCAGAAUCCUAGUGAUGAGUAUGGUGGUCAUAUCAUAUCACGUGUGGAGACGCAUCUCAGUGAUGGUACGACACAGGUCAGCACGUCCCUCACCCCAGAGACCGCUCAGCUUCUUGCCAAAUUGCAUCCGAACAUGUUCCCGCAGGGGAACCUUUUACAGGUCCAUGAUUCCUCACAGGCUAGUCAAGAAGAUGGCCUCUCGCUUCAGGAUCAAUCUCACAAUACUGAGGAGUCAGAUGCUGCCACAGUAUUAGAGUCUCAGACAAAUUCCGACAACUUACGUUUAGUAGAAACGGACAAUUCAGACACUGGUGCUCUACAUGUCGUAAAGACUGCUGCGAUAGACUCUAGUUCCGGCACAAUCCAUCUAAUCCCCUCGGGAUCGGCAUGUGCAAACCCAACAGCGUUACAGCUAGUCCAACACGUUUCUGAUGGUGCUGCGCUACAGUUGGUCGAGGCCGGUGCAGGCCCGAUACAACUUGUUCAGGCAGGUGAUUCAGAUACACUGCAGGUGAUGCAGUUGAAUCAAGUGAUUCAAAACGUUCAUCCUUUGAUAUCGACUGAGGCGCUGCAGAUAACGCAGGCAUCGGGGGACCUCAAGGUUGAUUCAAAUGAACGGUUGAUCAAGAAGGAAGGACAUAUGUCUGCUGCUGAUCAUCUAGUCUCAAUAGAUAUGGAGCAUGAAUCUGAUGGCCUGGUGUUACAAGAAGAGAGUCAGUUUGAUGAUGGAGAGGAUGAUUGAAAUACUUCGGGGCCAAACAAAAUCGUCUUGUGUCUCUGAGAAUCGCACGAGAUAGUAUAUGUAUCAGGCCAUGUUUCUGAACAAGAGGGUUUUUAUCUUCCCUGCCGAAACAAAUGACAGUAGCAUUGUACAUAAGGCAGGCUUAUAGGAGCAGAACAAUCUUCAUGUAAAAUGCUGAGAAUUUUGUUUGUGACCCAGUAUUAGGGUUCAAUAUAAUAAAUUAUUGCAGCCAAUGAGAUUUCUCACUCUUGCAUUGUAUUUCGUUUGAAUGUCGUUGUUCAUUAUCCUGUGCCAUCAUUUUCUGAUGUUGACCAUGAAACGGUGUUGACAGAAUUAUGCCGGUGGAUUGGUGCGAAUUAUUUUACCUGUAUACAUGUAUAUCAUACCUAUAUAUGCUUAUGUGUAAAAGAUGCCUCUCAGCUGUCACAGGGCUAAAUGUAGGGUAAAAUUAUAUGAAUUAUAUGAAAAAAUUUCUGAUGACCAAGUGUUGUUUUGUAUUUCAUCAACAUCAAUAUUGGCAUGUUUACAAAUAAUAUAUAUAUAGAUAUAUUUGCUUGAAAAAACACUUUUGAUUUGUUCAGUCUACUGUAUUUGUU